AUGAAAGACAUUGAGACCAAGGACCAUCAGCUAAAGGUCGCCCUCAGGAUCCGACCUUUGAGCAACUCUGAGCUGGAGGCGUCUGCAACCAUCGUGGCUCAUCAUGUGGAUGACCAGAUGGUGGAGCUCAUGGAUCCUCCAGGAGACCAUGAGGACAUGCUCCGUGCCAAUUGCUCCCAAGAGAAAACUCAAAUCACGGGUCCGCGCCUGAAAGAAAGAGCCCACAUUAACCGCUCUCUGCUCGCACUUGGGAACUGCAUCAACGCCCUGAACGACAAGAACGCACAGGGCUACGUCAACUACAGAGACAGCAAGCUAACCAGGCUGCUGAAGGACUCAUUGGGAGGAAACAGCCGCACGUACACCAGCAUCAUCACAGAACUCAGAGGAGAGAUCCAGAGACUGCAGACGAAGAUCAAUGAGCAGCAACAACAUCAGAGCUCCAACAAGAGGGAUAUACGACAUGUGCAAGCUGAGGUCCUCUCCCAGAGCAGGCCUGAGGUCCAGAGGCUCCGUGAGCAGUUGCUGCAGGGGUUCAGGGAGCAGAUGAAGAUCAGCAGAACCCUGAUGGACCUGGACAGCGCUGAGUUGGAGCUGCAGGUGGAGACGUCCCACCACCUCCUCACCAUCGCAGACUGGGAGCAGGAGCAGCGCAGCUGGAAGCGGAGGAGUGAGCAGCAGAAGGAGUGA